UGCAGCAGUGUUUGGUCGGCGGUCGCAGUCCGAGCGGAUGAUCUGAGUUUGAAUGCGUGUGUCUGAGCGGCUUGUAACAUGUGAAAAGAAGAAACUAAUGGAGUAACGCAAAGGUUUACGGCAAGAAACUACGGAGAAAAGUUUUACUGAGGACGAGAAUCGCUGGAAGGAAAUAAGUUGGCGUUUUCGCUCCAGAGGCCUGAGUGCCAUGCCAGAGGGGUCCCAUUCUGCUCUCCACCAGGGCCCAAUGGGGGAAGAAUCUCCUCAGUUGUCCUCGCCCCUCUUCACCAGUGAACAUGACCAGCCAAACACUGACUUGGGCCCAGACUGUUACAGCCAGCUAUGUGUGGAGCCACUGGACGGGGAGGGUGAACGUCCAGUGAGCCUGGUGUCCACCCUGUCCUCUGGCUCAUCCCGCGAUAGUCACAGCCUUUUUGGGAGCACCGUCGCUCUUCCUUCCUCAACCACCCCACCCAUACCGUGCGGGGAGGACAUAGACUUGGAGCUGAGCCCAGCCGAAGGUACCGGAGAGCAGGCUGGAGACCAGAGUCCCUCUCUCACGAGCUCCAGGGGCCACUGGCAGGAGCCCAGGGUGAUCAGCAACCAGUGGAACAACAACGCCACUUCCAACCGGAAGGGAAGUGUCAAAGUACCUCACAUCCCUGCCUCGCCUGUCGUCACGGACACCAUGGCGCCCAACCCGAAGCUGACCUAUGUAGACCGCGUUGUCAUGGAGAUCAUUGAGACAGAGCGCAUGUAUGUCAAAGACCUGCGCAGCAUUGUGGAGGACUAUUUGGCUCACAUCAUCGACAUGAGCAACCUUCCCAUACGGCCAGAGCAAGUGUGCGCCCUGUUCGGAAACAUAGAGGACAUCUAUGAGUUCAACAGUGAACUGUUGCAGUCUUUGGACAUGUGUGAGAAUGACCCUGUGGCCAUUGCUAGAUGCUUUGUAGAUAAGAGUGAGUACUUUGAAAUCUACACUCAGUAUUGCACCAACUAUCCCAACUCAGUGGCAGCACUGACCGACUGCAUGAGGAGUAAAACUUUAGCCAAGUUCUUCAGGGAUCGGCAGGCUGCUCUGAAGCGCUCCCUCCCUUUAGGCUCCUACCUGCUCAAGCCAGUUCAGAGGAUCCUGAAAUAUCACCUGCUGCUGCAGGAAAUCGCAAAGCACUUUGACCCAGAUGAGGUGGGCUAUGACGUGGUUCAGGAGGCCAUAGACACCAUGACAGGAGUGGCCUGGUACAUCAACGAUAUGAAGAGGAAACACGAACAUGCGGUCCGAGUGCAGGAGAUACAGUCUCUUCUGAUCAACUGGAAGGGUCCUGACCUGACCACCUAUGGAGAGCUGGUGCUGGAGGGCACCUUUCAUGUCCUGAGGGCGAAGAACACCCGCACGCUCUUCCUCUUCGAAAAGAUGCUUCUCAUUACCAAGAAAAGAGGGGAACACUAUGUCUACAAGACCCACAUCUCGUGCUCUACCCUAAUGCUACUCGACAGUGCCAAGGAUCCCCUGCUCUUCAGUGUCAUCCAUUUCAAGCAUCCCAAGCAACCCCAUACCGUGCAGGCCAAGUCCGUAGAAGAGAAGCGUCUCUGGUCCCAUCACAUUAAGAGACUCAUUCUUGAGAACCACAACACCAUCGUCCCGCAGAAGGCAAAAGAGGCCAUCCUGGACAAUUCAAACUAUCCCAGGAAGCACCACUGUAGUCCUGAGAGGCUGAAGAAAGCAGAGUCCGGCCAUGCUGAGGACUUCCGUCUUGGAGGACGAAAGGGCAGAAGGAGAUCGGAGCCUGCAAAACAAAUCAUGAGGAGCACAAAAGCUGUUUUGAAGCAUGCAGACAGUGAGGGUGCACUGCUGGGGGAUAGCUGCUCCCUUCAGCCAGCCACUAGUGUCAGUACGCUGGCCUCCAGUCUCGGCGAGCCCCAGGCUGAGAGGCCAUGUGUGGACGAUCUAAUUCCCAGAGGGGACUCUGUGGAGCAGCUAAGUCCUACUGACAGUGACCCGAUACUGGGCUCUUCGCCCAGUGAGGGGGAGCUGGAGCUGGAAAAAGCAGAGGAGACAAAGGAGGAGGAGGAUGAGGAGGGGGAGAGUUACAAAGAAGAUAUACUGAUGGGAGACGACCAGGUAGCCGACUUUGCCAGCUCAGUGCUGGCAGCCAUCUCCUGCUGGCACUAUAGAGCCAGAGCUUUGCUUUCUACUCACUUCACAACGGACGAUCAGAACAGGGAUACGGCUGAACUGCAAACUACUCUGAGAAAGGAGAUGGAAACUCACAGGCAGGAGGAAAAAUAUGUGGAUGUGGCUGUGAAGGAAGCUCUCACUACACAGGUCAAUGUGGAGCAGCUGUGCCCUCUAGACUGUGUCCCUCAUGCGACGAAGAGCGAUCAGCUGGAGUGUCCUGAGUCUCCUGUCUCCCCUGCCCAACAAGACUCUGACACCCCGGAUCCUCAGGAUACUUCUAGAGAAACAGGAGAGGAAGAAGAAGGAGGGAGCGAUUCCUCAGGUCUCCAAGUGGAGGAGACGAGUGUGUUGACGAACGGGGAGCUCUCAGAAGAGGAGGAGGAUGUGUUAGACCAUAAAGGCAUCCUGCCUUCGUCUGUGUUGGACCAGGCGAGCGUGAUAGCCGAGCGCUUCAUCAGCAGCCUGUCCAGACGGAGCAGUCUGGUUUCAGAGGACCUGGGUUCCCUCGCCUGCCCAUCACCUUCAACAGAUAAUGACAUCUUCAAAAGCCCCUCAGCCUGCACGGACUUGGAGAAAGACACACAAAUGUUGGCUAGCUCUACCCCAGAGCCUCAGGCCACCUCAGAGGCUAAUCUGUCAAUGCCUGCGCAGGAACCCACUCUGGACGCACUCAUCAAAGGACAACGCAGGUCCACUCUCUCCAAACAAGAUCGCCUCCUCAUCCACAAGAUCAGGAGAUACUACGAGCACGCUGAGCACCAGGAUGCUAACUUUAGCAUCAAGCGCAGGGAAAGUCUGUCCUAUAUUCCAGCAGGUCUGGUCAGGCACCUUAGCCGACAGCUGAACAGUAUUCCUCAGGAGCAGGCAGUCCCGGUCCACAGGAAAGGCCUCUCCCGGAACCGGCCCACUUCCUGGUCUGUGUUUGACCUUCCUGGUUUAGAAAAGAGUCGGAACACUGAAACCCGUCUGAAAACUGAACCACAGAGAGCAGAGGAAGCCAAGGCUAGAUCUCAGAGUGUCACUGAAGAAGAGUUCAGACCGUCAUCAGACAUGCUCAAGGUUUGGCAAGACAUGGAAAUGGAGGAGGAGAACCAGGGAGUCCAGCAGCAUGAAGAGGAGACAGUUUACGAGUCAAGAUUAGAAACAAUGCUGGACAUCAGCUCAGACUCUUUAGAUGUUGAAACCAGUAAACAACCACCUCGGAUUUUAGAAGAGUCUGAAAGAAGCACUUCCUUAGAUAGUUCCUCCAUCUCAUCACCCACCACAACCUCUCCAGCAACAGAGGAGGGAUCUGGUCAGGACUCUAAGGCAAGUAGGACUCUUGCCCAUGGCCAGCUGCCUAAGAUCAUUAGCUUCCAAACGAGCACGGACGAGGACCAGAUCCUAAAAGACAUGGGAAAGAUGAAAAACAAAGUGUUCCAGCUGGCUCGUCAGUACAGCCAGCGCAUCAAAAAUAACAGACCCAUCGUCUGGCAGAGGAACCGAGAAACGGCAAAUCAACAGGGCUUCAAGAACAUGCCAGUUGUCCAUGAGGACAGGAUGCAGCUGAGGAAAAAGGGUAAACCCAACCUGAAAUUGCCCUCAUUCUCUUGCGAUCAGAUGGUCAUCCAUGAAGUCUCUUCUCCGAGCCCAGUUCAGACCCCCAGCUCUGGUGCCAGCUCCCAGAGCACAGUCACCUGCCCCCAAAGUCCACAGUCAGAGACCUUCCACUGGCCCGACGUACAGGAGCUGCGCUCCAAAUACACCGAGCCCCCGCACUACUCAAAAAUAACCCGUAGCCACACAAUCGAGUGCUGUACAAACAUGUGUAACGGCCACUCACUCAAGUACAACAGCUCCUCAGACCUUCACAAAGCUCUGGCAGACUGCUCAAGGACACAGACUGAAAGGUGUCAGAUGGUAGAAGACUGGCCCCAGUCCCAGUCUCAGCCCCUGCUGUGCAGGUGGAGCUCCUUGGACCACAUGCUGGGGUCUCUUCCCCUCCAUGAAGUACAGAACCUUCAGGAACCCAUGAGGACCUGCUACACAGCUGGCAAACUCCAAGACGGGGACAGCCUCCCCCAGGACGAUCUAGACUGUGCAGCCAAGUCUGCUGUCCUCAGUUCAGGGAAGAUGUCCGAAAGUAAUCUAGUGAAAAGCUUACGGGAGAAGUUCCAGAGCUUAAGCACAAGCUCAUGAACAUGUGAAUUAUGUACAUUUCUAUUAUCAGGAGCUGACACGGGGAAACAUUAUCUGCCAGUUGUCUGAUGCGUCCCUUUUUUUUCGUUUCUCCCCCAAAAGAAUUCAACCUAAUGUCUGCACAAUGUUUUUGUUACAGGGGACAUUUAGUGAUGAUUUGUGUUGUUGCCACGAGUUUAAUAUGAAAGGGAUAUUAUUGGUUAUUGGUUUGGGUAAUGGAGGGGGAGCAUAUUGUCUUUAAAAAGGUGUAUGGCAUUAUUUGUACAUUGGGUACUUUUCUGCACUGUACAGUACAAAGUUUAUGUAAAAAAUGUGCAUAUAGUUCCCUGUAUCAACUGAUUUGGUCCUACUUUAUUAUUAUAUGAAACUAUUUGAGUCCCACCUACUGUUGGUAAUUCUUGCAAUAGUCACUGUAGCACUAUUGUCAUUUAACCAUGUAAACUGUCAGCUGGAGUUUCAGGGAGCCAAAAGGAGCUAAACAAACACAGACUGAUCUUUUAUCCACACGAAUGCUGCCGUCUCACUGACGAGAGAGAGCUCUGCUCUCAGCAGAGUCUCUGACCGUGAACCAAA